AGUCCUGAAAUUUGUAAAUAUUUGGAGUCAAAUAAACAGUCGAAUAGUAACCUACCACUGGGUGUUGUUGACCAUCGUCUAUCUUCCUAUACAGUUGAAUUAAAUACGUCUACGCAGACACGUCUAGGAACAGGUACACAGCGACCUGUGAGAAGGACGUUGUUGUCAAGCAUGUCAGCGUUGGGACAGGGCUGUAUCUGGCAGUGGGAGGGUGACCAGCCCGGCACCUGGAACGACUUUGAUGUGGAGCAGUCGGAGUACAUCGAAACCUGCUUUCGAACAAACUCCAGAUCACAAGUUGACUUUCAAAAGAAAUUCCGGUUGCCAUACAUAAUAGAUUUGGCGGCACAGACUCAGACUAGGACUCACACAGGACGUGUACGGACGAUCAGACGCUGGUUCCUUACCUCUCAGUAUCCCACUGAGGUGCAACAGUUGAGUUCCGGAGUAAAGACUCGCAGUAUGUCACCCCGACCUGGGCAUUCUGCCAGCAAACAGUUUAAAUCUACAGCAACAGCAACCCUUACUGGUGCCAGUAACUCCACGACUUUCAUGACUUCCACGGCUCCUUCAACACACCUCAACACACAUCAUGUCUACAGCAGAACACAUAACUCUGUCCCUGUUAGUUACACCAAUGGUAUUGGGAGCUCUGCAUCCCUGGGUGUGUCUAGUACGUCAGGCACUCUCCCUCAAGUAAACAGUUCUGUACAGAUUGCUCUCCCUCAAGUAAACAGUUCCGUACAGAGUGCUCUCCCUCAAGUAAACAGUUCUGUACAAAGUGUUUUGCCUGGUCCAUUGACUAGGAGUAGAGUGUUCAUGCACAGUCAAACUUUUGGGGCCGGGGCUGGAGCCUUUAACUCAGUUGGUGGUCCCCAUCUCCAGACAGGAAGUUCUCAACUCCAGCACAUCGGAGGUCCACACUCCUACCAGCACCCCAGUCUGUCGUCUACUGGUCCUGCAGGUGCACCAUUCCAGUUGGGGUCAGCGGGGUCCAGCUUUUCUGGCCUGUUUGGAGGAGCGAUGCCAACGUUCAUGACCAGGAAUCAUCAAUCCACCUACACGGCCCAAUUUAGUAGUGCUGGCGUCUCCCUUAUUAGACCCACCGUCAGCUCAUCAGGUGGAGGUUUUCAGCAGGCGUUAAGUCUUCCAUACAGCGGCAAGAUCCCCAACUACACUGAGUCUUCACAAUCCCACACUAAAUCUGCAGAGGAAAUACUGAGCUGCUAUGUGACUGAGCUAGGGGCCUGUCCCCAGAAUGAGGACUGUUGCAUCUGUUUUGAGAAGUUGGCUGAAGCAUCCGGCCAUGGCAAGGGCACGUCAGAGGACCACGUGGUCUACCAACUGGAGAGGUGCAGUCACAUGUACCACAAGCUGUGCCUGCUUGCUCUAUAUGAGAGUGGACAGAAGAAAGGCAGCCUGCAGUGUCCAGCAUGCAAGACAAUCUACGGAGAGAUGACAGGAAACUGUCCCGACGGGGAGAUGGAAUACCGACUGAUCAACCGGGCCCUGCCUGGCAACGAGGGGGCUAAGACCAUAGAGAUUGUGUACAACGUGUUUGAAGGAGUACAGGGUGCCAAUCAUCCCAACCCAGGCCACCCUUUCUACCUGCAGGGCUUCCCACGGGUUGGCUACUUGCCAGACUGUGACAAGGGCAGAAAGGUUCUUCAGCUGCUGAUUGUUGCCUGGAAACGACGCCUGACAUUCACCAUCGGCAGAUCAGCGACAACAAACCGUGACAACUGUGUCACAUGGAAUGAGAUCCACCACAAGUCUGAGUGUCAAGGCAACCACAACGGGCAUGGCUUCCCGGACCCCAAGUAUCUGGACAAUGUGCUGGGAGAGUUGGCAGUGCAUGGAGUCACAGAGAAGGACCUUGGAACUGUGGGCGGGCCAGGCAGGGGUCUAGGGGUGUGAACAGGGGACUGUUAUGUGUGAACUACGGACCUCAGUGUUUACUAGAAAUCCUGCGGAUGUGAGUGUGAACAAGCAGUUGUAACAACAGAUGGCAACUGUGAAGACUUCUGUGAAGUUAUUAAUCUCUGUAAGGGGACUGAACAGCAGUCGUAAUAGUGCAAUAGUUUUGUCAUCUAUACUUGUUCCCAGUGUUCUUGAUAUUUUGACUCUGUAUUCUAGCUGCUGGACACAGUCCUGGGCCCGUAUUCGCCAAACAGGUCUUAGACUUAAGACUAAGAAUAUGCUUGACAGAAUAUUUGAUAAUUUCUUUAAUUUUGAAUAAAACUUGUCAUUUACUGCCUCUCUUUACAUCAUUCUUCAUUAAGAACAUUUAGUGAAAACCUUUUUAUCAACAGUGGAAGCCGGAAUAAAUUCAAACGAUGGACGUAUUUUUCUUGCAUCUAAUUCUAUUUUUUAUACUUAGAUCUAAGAAUGGGUUGGUGAAUAAGGGCCCUGGCUCCUGGCCUGUAGCACAAUAUUUGUCAGAAACAGCACUGUUUACUUUCAAAACACUGUUUACUUCCAAGACAUUGUUUACUUCGAAGACAUUGUUUACUUCAAAGACAUUGUUUACUUUCUAGACAUUGUUUACUUUCAAGACAUUGUUUACUUUGAAGACAUUGUUUACUUUCAAGACAUUGUUUACUUUCAAGACAUUGUUUACUUCCAAGACUCUGUUUACUUUGAAGACAUUGUUUACUUUCAAGACAUUGUUUAUUUUGAAGACACUGACUGUUUACUUUCAAGACAAUGUUGUUUUUUUCAAGUUAUUGUUUACUUUCAAGACAUUGUUUACUUUGAAGACAUAGUUUACUUUCAAGCCAUUGUUUACUGUGAAGACAUUGUUUACUUGCGAGACACUGUUUACUUUGAAGACAUUGUUUACUUUGAAGACAUUGUUUACUUUGAAGACAUUGUUUACUUCCAAGACAUUUUUUUUACAGUUUAUUGCCUUAUUAUUUGUUUUCUUGUUCUUGUUUUCUACCAGCUAACUUGCUGCAUGACUUUAUGAAUUGCAAAAACAAAGUUUGUUCUGCCUUUUUGUUUUUCUGAGGUUUUAUGACUAAGUAUUAAGGUAAAUUGAUUGGAUAAAGCAAACAUGUUCUAUAAAUUAGCAACGGAAAAAAACAUCACAACUCGUUAAAGAGAUCCAGAUUUAACUGACAUAUUAAGUGGUAACUUGUGUUAGCUAAAUGUUUGACUGGAUUUUGUUAUAUUGGUCAGAGGUUUUAAGUCCUAUUUAAAGCUGCUUUUCUGUUGCAGACCACGCCAAAAUUAACAGUAACAAAUACUCUUUAAAAGAACCACUAACUGGGCCUGACCAAAUGAUCAGUUUUUAACAUAUUCAUAAGAUGUAGUAAUCUAUGUUAUCAUUAAAUGUUGAGAGAAAUUUGCUGUUUUUGCUAUUGAUCAAAUAUUGUUCAAAAUGUGUACCAGUGUGUGGAUUACUUGCUUACUAUUUAUGUUAUGUAAAACACUCUAAAAUAUUUGUCUCUAAAACUGUAAGGCGCAGAGGUUUGAUAUUUGGCAUGUUUCAUUGUAUGGUGGUCUGCUACCAACAUUUUUCAAAUCAUUGCACAUGGUUAAAGAUGGCCCAUGCUUCUUACAUAAAGUUAGGGAAUACUCUAAAUAUUUGUUUCUUUCUAACCUCAAGGCUCAUAUAGUGGUAACAUAUAGUGGUAACAUAAAAGGGAAUUCCUCCACCAAGUUUGUUCAAAUCAUAUCUCUGUUGUCUACAUUGGCCCAUCCAAGUUUUAAGCUCAUCUAUUUUUUUAAAAAAAUAUAUGAGCUAUUGGCAUCACCUUGGCGUCGGCGUCUGUGUUGGUGUCUGCUUCGGCGUCCGGUAAAGUUUUGUGUUUAAGUCCACUUUUCUCAUAAAGUAUCAAAGCUAUUGCAUUCAAACUUGGUACACUUACUUACUAUCAUGAGGGGACUUGGCAGUUAAAGUUAGAUAACUCUGGCAUGCAUUUUGACAGAAUUAUGUGCCCUUUUUAUAUUUAGAAAAUUGAAAAUAUGGUUAAGUUUUGUGUUUAGGUCCACUUUAUUCCUAAAGUAUCAAAGCUAUUGCUUUCAUACUUGCGACACUUACUAUCAUAAGGGGACUGUGCAGGCAAAGUUAUGUAACUCUGACUGGCAUUUUGACAGAAUUAUAGCCGCUUUAUACUUAGAAAAUUGAAAAAUUCGUUAAGUUUUGUGUUUUGGUCCACUUUACUCCUAAAGUAUCAUAGCUAUUGCUUUCAGACUUGGAACACUCGCAAACUAUUAUAAGAGGACUGUAUAGGACAAGUUGCAUAACUCUUGUUGUCAUUUAGACGGAAUUAUGGCCAUUUUUUGACUUAGUAACUUUGAAUAUAUGGUUAAAUUUUGUGUUUACAUCCACUUUACUUCUUAAGUAUCAAGGCUAUUGCUUUCAAACUUCAAAUACUCUCAUACUAUCAUGAGGGUACUGUACCUAGCAAGUUGAAUUUUACCUUGACCUUUGAAUGACCUUGACUCUCAAGGUCAAACAAUUAAAUUUUGCUAAAAUUGCCAUGACUUCGUUAUUUAUGAUCAGAUUUUAUUGAUAAUUUGACAAAACAACUCUUACCUGACAUACUACAAUAGAUUCCACCCAAACCAUCCUCCAUGCCCCCCCCCCACAAAAGUAAUUGAUAUUUGUUUGUUUUUUUGAAAGAUCAUCUUAUAAAUGACCACACCCUCUCACUGUACCCCCUCCCUCUCUCCCCCCCAAAAAAAAAUAAAAUAAUUUUUUUUAUACGCCCGUAUAAAAUACGGGACGUAUUAUGUGAAACCCCUUGGCGGGCGGGCGGGCGGCGGGCGGAAGGCAUCACUUUGUCCGGACUCUAAUUCAAAUUGUAUUCAUCCGAUCUUCACCAAACUUGGUCAGCAGUUGCAUCUAGUUGAUAUCUAGGCCAAGUUCGAAUAUGGGUCAUGCCGGGUCAAAAACUAGGUCAUAGGGUCAAUAAGUGCAUUUUCAAAGGGGCCACUUUGUCCGGACUCUAUUUCAAAUUGUAUUCAUCCGAUCUUCACCAAACUUGGUCAGCAGUUGCAUCUAGUUGAUAUAUAGGCCAAGUUCGAAUAUGGGUCAUGCCGGGUCAAAAACUAGGUCAUAGGGUCAAUUAGUGCAUUUUCAACGGCGCCACUUUGUCCGGACUCUAAUUCAAAUUGUAUUCAUCCGAUCUUCACCAAACUUGGUCAGUAGUUGCAUCUAGUUGAUAUCUAGGUCAAGUCCGAAUAUGGGUCAUGCUGGGUCAAAAACUAGGUCAAAGGGUCAAUUAGUGCAUUUUACUUUGUCCGGACUCUAAUUCAAAUUGUAUAAAUCUUAUCUUCACCAAACUUGGUCAGUAGUUGCAUCUAGUUGAUAUCUAGGCCAAGUUCGAAUAUGGGUCAUGCCAGGUAAAAACUAGGUCAUAGGGUCAAUUAGUCCAUUUUCAACAGCGCCACUUUGUCCGGACUCUUAUUCAAAUUGUAUUCAUCCGAUCUUUACCAAACUUGGUCAGUAGUUGCAUCUAGUUGAUAUCUAGGUCAAGUUCGAAUAUGGGUCAUGUCGGGUCAAGAACUAGGUCAUAGGGUCAAUUAGUGCAUUUUCAACGGCGCCACUUUGUCCGGACUCUAAUUCAAAUUGUAUUCAUCCGAAACUUUUAAACAACUUUUUAUCCUGCGUCAAAGUGGUAUGGGGGUAUAAGUCACAUUCAGUGACAAAGCUCUAGUUCAAGUUGAAUUCACCAAACUUGGUCAGAGGUAGUAUAUAGAUUAUAUAUCAGUCAGGUCUGAUUGGAGACAUGCAACCGAUUAACACAUGCAAUAUUUUUAUGCAAUAUUUUUAUCCAGUUUUAUUUUGCGAUAUUUUCAUCGGGUUUAUUUUUUUCGCGAUUUUUGAAACGAGUUAUUUUUAACAACAUGUUUAUUGGUAAGUUUCAUU